CUCGUUUGCUUUUCGCCCUUUUUCGAUUUGGCCUUUUGUCGUAAUAUCUGGCAAAUAAAAAAGAAAAUUUAUAAAUUACCUAUAACCAACAGGCAUUAACGAGUGGACCAUGUCGGUACCUCCCGAAGAUCGUUUGCGGGACAAUCUUAACCGCUGUCUAUCGGACUCCUUGGUUAAGGGAUUUGGAGGUCUGGUGAUUGGAUCCGUGGUCACCAUACUCUUCUUCCGUAGGCGCAUUUGGCCCGUCUGGCUGGGAACUGGUUUUGGCAUGGGCGUGGCAUAUCGUGGAUGUGAAAAGGAACUCAAUGCACUGAAGUUUAACCAACGGAAGUGAUAUAUCGAACGAGUUGAAGAAUGAAUUUUACGGAUGUUUUGUUUAUUUGGAAUUUGGAAUGAUUAGAGCAAGAGAACUUAUUAAACAUAUAUGUUUUUUACUGGAGCUAUUGGUGCUGGAUUAGGAAAAUAAAUUGUUCUUAAGCUCACUAUUUUUCAUGAAUAUUCUUUAAGAUUACAUAAAAUCGGAAUAACAAAAGCUUUUGCUCAAAAAAUUAUAGACAUGUUAUAAGAAACAAUGAUCAAAAUAUCUA